AUGGCGUCGCUGGAUAGUCCGUGGAAGUUUGAGUCUAUCGAAGCAUCCCGUUACUACUACCCCUCAGACACAGAGCCCAAGUUCAACCUAACAGUCUCGGGCGGCAGCGACACACCCUUCAGAAUAACAGGCAGCUCAAAUCUCGAGCAGAACCCCCUCCCCUCGCUCUCCAUGAACAUGAGCUCCUGCAGCCAGAUCGAGGCAUGGUGGGGUCUUAGCCCUGUUUCCUCCGGGGCGUCGUGGGCCGACGAGGAUGAUAUCAAUCUCCUAGGCCUCAUCGAUCCAGCCCUCACGCUCACAUUUGACCAGCACUCGGCUGGCCUUUUGAUUCGGACGUCAGCCGUCAUGAAUACGUUGGGCGGAGAGCCUGGCGAGGAUGACACGCCUGCGCUCGCUGGAAAGAUGACAGUUGAGUUUUUGGGGCGUGGCGAUGCGGCGCGCUCGGACGUGCUGAAUGGGGGAGAUGAGCCGUCGUGGACGCCGACGGUAGGAUUUGGGAAUAAUUCAAUGAAUUUGGAUUAUAAGUCGGGGGCUGGUUCUGUUAGAGUAUGGGGGUUGCUCUGGGUGGGAGUGGCUAUUGCGUGUGUUCUGUAUCUAUAG